ACACGCUCUUCACACACACUCCACUCUCUCCCGCGCGCUCACACCCCUCUCGCCCGGCGCCCUCGCCGGUGCCGCGCGGCGCCGCAGCCGGACGCCCCUCCUGGGCUCACUUUGCAACGCUGACAGAGCGGGCAGUGGCCGUGGAGGUGGGAACCGCAGCGACAGCCUACCCCCGGGUCGCGGCCGGAGACUGGACGCCGGCGGAGCCUCUCGGCGGCGCUCUCCCAUGAGUUGGGAUCGCAGCAUCCCCCGCCAGCCGCUCACCGCCUCUGGGAGCCGCUGGGCUUGUGCACCGCAGCCCUUCCGGGACAACAGCUGUGACUCUCCCCCAGUCCAGAUUUCGGGACCGCUCUCGAGAAACUCGCUCUAAAGACGGAACCGCCACAGCACCCAAGUACAGCCCACUGCGGGAGAGCGCAGACCGAGGAGCCCCGGCGCUGAGCCUGAAUCCUCAGCAGAGCCGGGCAGCACAGCGGCUGCUUCGCCUAGCCCGACGUCCCCGCCUCCUACACUCUCAGCCUCCGCUGGAGAGACCCCCAGCCCCACCAUUCAGCGCGCAAGAUACCCUCCAGAUAUGCCCUGCGUGCAAGCCCAGUAUAGCCCUUCGCCUCCGGGGUCCACUUACGCCACGCAGACGUAUGGCUCGGAAUACACCACAGAAAUCAUGAACCCCGACUACGCCAAGCUGACCAUGGACCUCGGUAGCACCGGGAUCAUGGCCACCGCCACAACGUCCCUGCCCAGCUUCAGUACCUUCAUGGAGGGCUACCCCAGCAGCUGCGAACUCAAGCCCUCCUGCCUGUACCAAAUGCCGCCCUCCGGGCCGCGGCCUUUGAUCAAGAUGGAAGAGGGCCGUGAGCACGGCUACCACCACCACCACCACCACCACCAUCACCAUCACCACCACCAUCACCAGCAGCAGCAGCCACAGCCGCAGCAGCAGCAGCAGCCGUCCAUUCCUCCUUCCUCUGGCCCCGAGGACGACGUAGUGCCCAGCACUUCCAUGUACUUCAAGCAGUCUCCGCCGUCCACGCCGACCACGCCAGGCUUCCCCCCGCAGGCGGGGGCGCUGUGGGACGACGAGCUGCCCUCCGCGCCUGGCUGCAUCGCACCCGGCCAGCUGCUGGACCCGCAGAUGAAGGCGGUGCCUCCAAUGGCUGCAGCGCGCUUCCCUCUCUUCCACUUCAAGCCCUCGCCGCCGCACCCUCCCGCGCCCAGCCCAGCGGGCGGCCACCACCUCGGCUAUGACCCCACCGCCGCUGCUGCUCUCAGCCUGCCCCUGGGGGCCGCGGCUGCCGCGAGCAGCCAAGCUGCUGCGCUCGAGGGCCACCCGUACGGGCUCCCGCUGGCCAAGAGGACGGCCGCUCUGACCUUCCCACCGCUGAGCCUCACAGCCUCCCCUACAGCGUCCAGCCUGCUGGGAGAGAGUCCCAGCCUGCCAUCGCCACCCAACAGGAGCUCAUCAUCCGGCGAGGGCACGUGUGCGGUGUGCGGGGACAAUGCCGCCUGCCAGCACUACGGGGUACGCACCUGCGAGGGCUGCAAGGGCUUCUUCAAGAGAACGGUGCAGAAAAAUGCAAAAUAUGUUUGCCUGGCAAAUAAAAACUGCCCAGUAGAUAAGAGACGUCGAAAUCGAUGUCAGUACUGCCGAUUUCAAAAGUGUCUCAGUGUCGGGAUGGUUAAAGAAGUCGUGCGUACAGAUAGUCUGAAAGGGAGGAGAGGCCGGCUGCCUUCCAAACCAAAGAGCCCACUACAGCAGGAGCCCUCACAGCCUCCCCCGCCAUCUCCUCCGAUCUGUAUGAUGAAUGCCCUUGUCCGAGCUUUAACAGAUGCAACACCCAGAGAUCUUGAUUAUUCCAGAUACUGUCCCACCGAUCAGGCCACUGCAGGCACAGAUGCUGAGCAUGUGCAGCAGUUCUACAACCUCCUAACGGCCUCCAUUGAUGUGUCCAGAAGCUGGGCAGAAAAGAUCCCAGGAUUCACUGAUCUCCCCAAAGAAGAUCAGACGUUACUUAUAGAAUCAGCCUUUUUGGAGCUGUUUGUUCUCAGACUUUCCAUCAGGUCAAACACUGCUGAAGAUAAGUUUGUGUUCUGCAAUGGACUUGUCCUGCAUCGACUUCAGUGCCUUCGUGGAUUUGGAGAGUGGCUCGACUCCAUUAAAGACUUUUCUUUAAAUUUGCAGAGCCUGAAUCUUGAUAUCCAAGCCUUAGCCUGCCUGUCAGCACUGAGCAUGAUCACAGAGCGACAUGGGUUAAAAGAACCAAAGAGAGUGGAGGAGCUAUGCAACAAGAUCACAAGCAGCUUAAAGGACCACCAGAGGAAGGGGCAGGCCCUAGAGUCCACCGAGCCCAAGGUCCUGCGUGCGCUGGUGGAACUGAGGAAGAUCUGCACCCAGGGCCUGCAGCGCAUCUUCUACCUGAAGCUGGAGGACUUGGUGGCCCCACCUUCUAUCAUCGACAAGCUCUUCCUGGACACCCUGCCUUUCUGAGCAGGGAACCUCUUGCUCUGCUGGCAUCUGAUCAUUAAGCUAGCAAAAGGAUGGGUCUGAACACCUGCCCCUCUGUCCUUCCUUCAGGGGAAAAGCAGCUCCCACAGAACGCAAAGACUUUUUUUUUGUUGUUUUUUUUCCUGGCACCUUUCCUUACAAUCUGAAGCCAGGAACCUUGCAGAGUAUUGUGUUGGGGUUGUGUUUUAUAUUUAGGCUUU